AUGAAGGGUGUGUUGAGGUUUGGGAAGAAGGGUAAGCUCAGUCCCAGGUUCAUCGGUCCAUUCGAGAUUCUUAGCCGUGUGGAGGAGGUAGCCUAUGAUUUGGCUUUGUCUCCAGGUCUGUCGGGUGUUCACCCGAUGUUUCACUUCUCUAUGUUGAAGAAAUAUCAUCGUGAUGGUUUUUACAUUAUUCGUUGGGAUUCAGUCUUGUUAGAUGAGAGCAUGUCCUAUGAGGAGGAGCCGAUUGCUAUGUUAGACAGAGAGGCUCAUAAGUUGAGGUCUAAGGAGAUAGCAUCAGUGAAGGUUCAGUAG